AUGGAAAAACCAUGCUCCAUUAAGAACAGAGAGCUGAGAUUACCACCAGGGUUCCGAUUUCACCCAACAGAUGAAGAGCUAGUGGUUCACUAUUUAAGUCGAAAAGUUUCCGGUUUACUCUUACCAGCUUAUGUUAUACCGGAAAUCGAUAUCUGUAAAGCCGAACCAUGGGAUUUACCAGGUGACUGUAAUUCAGAGAGGUAUUUUUUUAGCAUGAGGGAAGCUAAAUACCCAAAUGGAAACCGGUCGAACCGAUCAACCGGUUCGGGUUACUGGAAAGCGACCGGAAUCGAUAGGCAAGUCGGGAAGAAGGUUCUUGGGAUGAAGAAAACUCUGGUUUUCUAUAAAGGGAAGCCUCCUAACGGGACAAGAACCAAUUGGGUUCUUCAUGAAUAUCGUCUUGUUGAUUCUCAACAUGAAUCAUACGGAGAGAACAUGAAUUGGGUUCUAUGCAGAGUGUUCUUGAAGAAGAGGAGCAAUAAUAAUAAUAAGAAGAAGAAAGAAGAUGAGAGAGAGAAGAAGGAAGAGAUAGAAAGUGACGACAACAAGAGUACUUGUCCGAUAUUCUAUGACUUUAUGAGAAAUGACGUGAAAAAAGGAAAAUGCUGCACUUUGAACUUGACUCGUUGUAGUUCUCCUUCUUCAGCGUCUUCGUCGGUUUGCUCAAGUGCUUUAAUUCAGACAUCUUUAAAUAGUGACUCUGAUAAUCAUCAUCAAGAAACUAGUUGUCGGGAAAAUAAGUUUCAUUUGUUUCUGUAA